AUGCGUGGACGGCUUUAUGAACUACGAGAUGUAGCGAUAUUUCUAGAUUUGCAGCAGAAGGCAGAUCUCCAUGACAAGUUUCAGUCUCAAGGCUUUCAGCUAUCUCUAGCUCACCUGAAACAAAUAAUCACUCAUCUAACUGGCUUGAAAACAGAAUUGAUCAGAUACUUCUCAGAUAUAGAUGAAAAGCGUGAAGCUUGGAAAUUCAUCAGGAACCCAUUUCAGUGUGAAGUGACUGAUAUUUUGGAUGAGGUGCAAGAGGAGUUUCUUGAGCUGAAGUUCAACUCCCCAGCUAAGGAAGACUUCAAAGAACUGGAUCUUGAAAUGUUCUGGAUCAAGUACCUUCCUGUUUACCCUCUGAUCUCACAUCAGGUUCUUCGGAUUUUAGCUAUGUUUGGAUCCACGUAUCUUUGUGAAGCUGCAUUUUCCACGCUCGUUGCUGUCAAGACCAAGUACAGAAACAGGCUGACCGUUGAAAGGGACUUACGUUGUGCACUCUGGCAUUCAACUACGCAUUCAAGAUCUUGUAACUAA